AUGUUUCAGGAGGAGAAAAACAAGCUUUACGAGGAAUAUGCACAAGCCUUACUCAACAAUGAGAAGGCAUACAAAGCGCUCAAGAUGGAGCAAGAGGUGUAUAAGCAGACCCAUAAACACUACCUGAAAAGCGAAAACGAUGUGAAGGCUUUGCAAACAGUGGGGCAUAUAAUUGGUGAAGUCUUAGAAAAGCUGAGUGAUGAGAAGUUCAUAGUCAAGAGCAGCCAGGGCCCAAGGUAUGUCGUAGGGUGUAUGAAAGCGAUAGACAGAAAAAAAAUAACCACUGGGACAAGAGUUGCAUUGGACAUUACAACUCUGACUAUCAUGGUUGUACUUCCCAGAGAAGUGGAUCCAAUGAUACACUCGAUGGGUGAGGAAAGUCCUGGAGAUGGUAUUUCCUUUGAGUCUGUUGGAGGGCUUAAGGACCAGAUCAGGGAACUAAGAGAGGUUAUAGAGCUCCCGUUAAAAAACCCCGAUAUAUUCAAGAGAAUUGGGGUCCGUGCCCCAAAGGGGGUUCUUCUGUAUGGGCCUCCUGGAACAGGCAAGACCUUAUUAGCAAGGAUAGUUGCUGCUACAAUGGAUGUGAAUUUUCUGAAGGUAGUAUCGUCUGCGCUAAUUGAGAAAUACAUAGGAGAGUCGUCACGUAUGAUCAGAGAGAUGUUUGCCUAUGCAAGAAGAAAAGCGCCAUGUAUAAUAUUCAUGGAUGAGAUUGAUGCGAUUGGGGGGAAGAGGUCUAGGGAGUCGAGCUCGUCUGAUAGAGAGGUCCAGAGAACGUUAAUGGAACUUCUCAAUCAACUGGAUGGAUUCAACGAACUUGACAAUGUAAAGGUUAUCAUGGCCACAAACAGACCAGACAUCCUUGACCCUGCACUUCUGCGUCCAGGAAGAUUGGAUAGAAAGAUAGAAAUUCCUCUUCCCAAUGAGCAAGGAAGGAAAGAAAUCUUGAAGAUUCAUUCCAGGCCUAUGAAUGCUAUUGAAGAAAUUGAUUAUGACUCACUAGUGAAAUUGACUGCUGGGUUUAAUGGAGCAGAUCUAAGAAAUGUUUGUACAGAGGCUGGCAUGAUUGCUCUGAAGGACGAGAGAGAUUAUGUAAAACAUGAAGACUUUGUCAAGUCUGCUAGGAAAAUAGCAGAUGCAAAGAAAUUGGAAACUAGACUGGACUAUAAGAGGAAGUAA